AUGCCUCUGAAUGACUCCCAGCGCCGCGUUAUACUGGAACAUGCCGAUCGUCUACUAAGCACGAGAGCUUGGCCCAAGACGAUCUGUCCCUCGGAGAUCGCGCGCGCCUUUUCCACCGCCGAGUUGGAAGUAUUGGAUGCAUCGUCGUGGAGGGAAACCAUGGACAGCAUCCGGCAGCUUCUGUGGGACAAAAGAGCAUCCGGCGAGGUUGAAGUCAUGCAAAAGGGCCAAGUCGUGGUCGCAGAGAGCUUGGAAGACAUCAGAGGGCCGAUCCGAGUGAGGAUGGUGAAGGCAGAAGGCGCGUGA